GCGGAGCCGGCUACCGAGCCCCGCCCCCGGGGGCCUCCCGGUUACUCUGGUUACCGCGAAGCGCUUCCACUCCCCGGGGCUCCGCCGCCUCCGCCCGCACCUACGGAAGAGGCGACCCGCAGCCACAUCGAUACGGCCGUAGACCAAUCCCUCAGCGUUCGCGGCCUUCGGGAAGAAGCAGGGCGGCUCGUAACCCCCCUCGCUUGACCCUCGACCGCAAUUGUCCGGCGCGCGGGGUUCCGGAGCUGCAUCUGAGAGGACCCCCCCCUCCCGCCUCCCCGCGGCUCCCCGCCCUCCCCGCCGAGUCCCCCGGCGAUACUCCGUGACCGCCUCAGCGUCGGAGCCGGGCUGGGAUGCUAGGGCUGCCUCCCCGUGGUGUCCUCCCUCCCGCGGCCCAGCGCGCCCGCCGUCUGUGCCCGGCCCGUGCGUGGCCAGCACGCUGAGUUCGGGCUGCUGCGGGCGCCUCCUUCCUCCCCGACGGGCGAAAAGCGCACGUGUCGGGCUGGGCCCCGCGCCACCUCCCCCACGGACCCACCCACCCCCACCUCACCUGUAGGUGAGGGGCCGGCUCAGAGGAGCGCCGCCGUCUGAUGCCACUGACCCGCGCGGCUGCGGAACUUUUACUCCUAGAUUCUCGGGGGACACUUUUAUUGGCUCCCUGUGUUUUGACGUCUUUUUUUCCCCCCUCUAAACUGUAACGUUGUGUAUGGGGAACACUUGGCCCGAGCGGCUUAUUCCCAAGGGCACCUGAAUGGGCAGACCACGCCGCUGGUAGUGAGCCACCAGAUCCGUGUCGACCAUCCUCCUCAGCCCGAGCCCCAGCAGCUGCCCACCAUGUGGACUUUUCUAGGGAUCGCCACUUUCACCUAUUUUUAUAAGAAAUGUGGGGACUUGGUAACUUACGCCAACAAGGAGCUGUUCUUGUGUGUGCUAGUGUUUUUCUCUUUGGGUAUGGUGCUGUCUUACCGAUACCAUUAUCGGAAUGGGGGACUCUGUGGGCAACAGCAAAAAAAGGCCCAAUUUGGACUUUUUUCUGACAUUCUUUCGUCUUUGCCAUUUGUUGGCUUUUUCUGGACAAAAUCGCCAUCAGGUUCAGCACAGAAGGAGCAACAAAAAUCCAGGAAGGGCAAAAAGGAAGUGGAUGCUCCAGAGUCAGCCCUCCUGGGAACAGUGGCAUCUACAUUGGUGACUUCUGAGUGUGACCCAGAGGUUAUUAUUGUGGGAUCAGGUGUACUUGGGUCUGCAUUGGCUACAGUACUUGCCAGAGAUGGAAGAAAGGUGACAGUAAUUGAGAGAGAUUUAAAAGAGCCUGACAGGAUACUUGGAGAAUUACUACAGCCAGGAGGCCUUAGUGCUCUUAAAGAUCUGGGUCUUGAAGAUGCAGUGGAAGGCCUCGAUGCCCACACUGUCCAUGGCUAUGUGAUUCAUAACGAAGGGUGCAGCGAAGAAGUUGAAAUUCCAUUCCCAUGCUCAGCAAACAGUCAGGUGCAGAGUGGCCGGGCAUUUCAUCAUGGACGGUUCAUCAUGAAUCUCCGAAGGGCAGCUAUGGCAGAACCCAAUACAAAGUACAUUGAAGGAGUUGUGGUGAAAUUGCUAGAGGAAGAUGAUAUUGUGAUAGGAGUUCAGUACAGAGAUAAAGAAACUGGAGAUACCAAGGAACUCCGUGCACCAUUGAUAGUUGUUGCAGACGGGCUUUUCUCCAAGUUCAGGAAAAACCUGGUCUCCAGUACAUUGUCAGUCACAUCCCAUUUUGUUGGCUUUCUUAUGAAGGAUGUGCCACAAUCUAAAGCAAAUCAUGCUGAGCUCAUUUUAGCAGAUCCUAGCCCAAUUCUCAUCUACCAGAUUUCAUCCAAUGAAACUCGGGUUCUUGUUGAUAUUCGUGGAGACAUGCCAAGAGACUUAAGAGAUUAUAUGGUAGAGAAAAUUUAUCCACAGUUACCCGAUCAUAUAAAAGAACCUUUCCUAGAGGGAAUUCAGAAUGACCGGUUGAGGUCUAUGCCUGCAAGUUUCCUUCCUCCUUCACCAGUAAAUAAACGAGGUGUUCUCAUUUUGGGAGAUGCCUAUAACAUACGACAUCCUCUUACUGGUGGGGGAAUGAGUGUUGUUUUCAACGACAUAAAAAUAUGGAGGAGCCUGCUAAAGAACAUCCCCGACCUUUAUGAUGAGAGAGCGCUUCUCCAGGCCCACAAUUCAUUCUAUCGGUCAAGAAGAAAGUCCUAUUCAUUUGUUGUGAAUGUUCUUGCUCAGGCUCUUUAUGAAUUAUUUUCUGGCACAGAUGAGACCCUGCAUCAGUUAAGAAGAGCAUGUUUCUGUUACUUCAAGCUCGGUGGACAAUGUAUUACUGGUCCAGUUGGGUUGCUCUCUGUAUUGACGCCCAAUCCCCUGACUCUACUUGGACAUUUUUUUGCGGUUGCGUUGUAUGCUGUUUACUUUUGUUUUAAGUCAGAACCCUGGAGCACAAAACCCCGAGCCUUUUUCAACAGCGGUGCUAUCUUUUACAAAGCUUGCUGUGUCAUAAUUCCUCUCAUUUAUUCAGAACUGAAAUACUUACAUUAAGCUUAAGGGAAGCCUGUAGGAGAAUGACUACAUGGAAUUCACCAAGCCUUAAGAGACUUCUGGAGGACUCAUCCUGCUGAAUGCUAUGCUGUCACUAAAACACGGACACAUGGGCAAGAUGGGGAUUGGUUUGGUUUUGACCUUCUCUGUGUGUAAACAGUUGUAAAUAAAUGUUUUGCUUUGCGAUUAAAACGAAGACUGUUAGCUAUCUAAGAGAAAUGGUUGUUAAAUCACAAAUCAGUUUUAAGUCCUGAUAGAAUAUGUUUUCUUUUGGGAUCCAUUAUGUUUAGUAUGUGAAAUUGUUGACUAUGCAAAUAAACUAAAUGAUGAUUGAAAUCUU